AUGGAGCAGCCCUGCGCGGCGGCGUCCGGAGCCGGCGCCAGCGGAGGCGGCGAGGAACCCGGCGGGGGCCGGAGCAACAAGCGGAGCAUGGGAACCCGGGCCUCGAACGAAGAAGAAACGAAAAACAAACCCAAGCUGAACAUUCAAAUUAAAACUUUGGCAGAUGAUGUGCGUGACAGAAUUACAAGUUUUAGAAAAUCUACUGUCAAAAAAGAGAAGCCUCUUAUUCAGCAUCCUAUUGAUUCACAAGUUGCAAUGAGUGAGUUUCCAGCAGCUCAGCCAUUAUAUGAUGAAAGAUCUUUAAAUUUAUCAGAAAAAGAAGUACUGGAUCUUUUUGAAAAAAUGAUGGAGGAUAUGAACCUUAAUGAAGAACGGAAAGCUCCUUUACGAAACAAGGAUUUUACCACUAAGCGUGAGAUGGUUGGACAGUAUAUUUCUGCUACUUCAAAAUCGGGUGGACUGAAAGCGAGCAAACAUGAAUGCACUCUAUCUUCACAAGAAUAUGUUCAUGAAUUAAGAUCCGGUAUUUCAGAUGAAAAACUUCUUAAUUGCCUAGAAUCUUUGAGGGUUUCUUUAACCAGCAAUCCUGUUAGCUGGGUUAACAACUUUGGUCAUGAAGGUUUUGGACUCUUACUGGAUGUACUGGAACGACUUCUGGAUAAGAAACAGCAAGAAAAUAUUGACAAGAAGAAUCAGUAUAAGCUUAUUCAGUGCCUCAAAGCAUUUAUGAAUAAUAAGUUUGGAUUGCAGCGAAUCUUAGGAGAUGAGAGAAGUCUUUUGUUGUUGGCAAGAGCAAUUGAUCCCAAACAACCCAACAUGAUGACUGAAAUAGUAAAAAUACUUUCUGCUAUUUGCAUUGUUGGAGAAGAGAAUGUACUAGAAAAACUUUUAGGGGCUAUAACUACAGCAGCAGAAAGAAAUAAUAGAGAACGAUUUUCACCAAUUGUUGAAGGAUUAGAAAAUCAUGAAGCUUUGCAAUUACAGGUAGCUUGCAUGCAGUUUAUAAAUGCCCUGGUCACUUCUCCUUAUGAGCUAGAUUUUCGAAUACAUUUAAGGAAUGAAUUUCUCCGUUCUGGAUUAAAAGUGAUGCUACCAGGUCUAAAGGAAAAAGAAAAUGAUGAACUUGAUAUUCAGUUAAAGGUAUUUGAUGAGGACAAAGAGGAUGACCUAAAUGAAUUAUCCCACCGCCACAAUGAUAUCCGAGCAGAAAUGGAUGAUAUUAAUGAAGUAUACCACCUUCUGUACAAUAUGUUGAAGGACACUGCUGCUGAAAAUUACCUAUUAUCUAUUCUACAACAUUUUUUGCUCAUUAGAAAUGAUUAUUACAUUAGGCCACAAUAUUACAAAGUCAUUGAAGAAUGUGUUUCUCAGAUAGUGCUACACUGCAGUGGUAUGGAUCCAGAUUUCAAAUAUCGGCAAAGACUAGAUAUAGAUUUUACUCAUCUAAUAGAUUCUUUUGUGAACAAAGCAAAAGUUGAAGAAAGUGAACAAAAAGCAAUGGAAUUUUCAAAGAAGUUUGAUGAAGAGUUCACAGCUCGACAGGAAGCUCAAGCAGAACUUCAAAAGAAAGAAGAAAAAAUUAAAGAGCUUGAAACAGAAAUCCACCAACUUCGAACGCAGGGAUCUUCAAAUUCAUCAGGAAUUCCAGGCCCUCCACCACCACCUUCACUAUCCAGUAGUGGACCACCUCCACCACCACCUCCACCACCACCUCCACUUCCUGGAGGACCCCCGCCUCCUCCUCCACCUCCCUUACCUGGAAUGUGUGGUAUACCACCACCACCACCACCACCACCACCUUUGUUAGGGGGACCUCCUCCACCACCACCUGUACUUGGAGGAAUUCCUCCUCCCCCAGGAGUAACACUUGCCUUACCUUAUGGAAUGAAGCAGAAGAAAGUAUAUAAACCUGAGGUUUCCAUGAAGAGAAUCAAUUGGUCAAAGAUUGAACCCAAAGAUUUAUCUGAGAACUGUUUCUGGUUAAAAGCUAAGGAGGACAAGUUUGAAAAUGCUGAUCUCUUUGCAAAAUUAGCACUGAAUUUUGCCACGCAAAUAAAAGUGCAAAAGAAUCCAGACACUACAGAAGAAAAGAAGCCUAUGUCUGCAAAGAAGAGGGUAAAAGAAUUGAGAGUUUUAGAUGCCAAAACUGCCCAGAAUCUGUCUAUCUUCCUAGGAUCCUAUCGUAUGCCAUAUGAAGAUAUUAAAAACAUUAUUCUGGAGGUUAAUGAAUCCAUGCUGAGUGAGGCUUUAAUUCAGAACCUAGUAAAAUAUCUUCCAGAGCAGAGCAUACUUAAUGAAUUAGAACAGUUGAAAAAUGAGUAUAAUGACCUCUGUGAGCCUGAACAAUUUGGAAUUGUGAUGAGCUCUGUGAAAAUGUUAAAGUCUCGCCUUAAUAGCAUUCUUUUCAAGCUUAUGUUUGAAGAACAAGUAAACAACAUCAAGCCAAGCAUCAUAGCAGUAACUCUUGCCUGUGAAGAGCUGAAAAAAAGUGAAAGUUUUAACAAACUUUUAGAGUUAGUUCUUUUGGUAGGAAACUACAUGAACUCUGGCUCAAGAAAUGCCCAGUCCUUGGGUUUUAAGAUCAACUUCCUUUGUAAGAUUAGAGAUACUAAAUCAGCAGAUCAAAAAACGACGCUCUUGCAUUUUAUUGCUGAAAUUUGUGAAGAAAAAUAUCAUGAUAUUCUGAAGUUUCCUGAAGAACUUGAACAUGUAGAAAGUGCAAGUAAAGUUUCAGCACAAAUUCUAAAGAGUAACCUUGCAGCAAUGGAACAACAAAUUGUUAAUCUAGAACGUAAUCUGAAGAAAUUUCCAGAUGCAGAUAAUCAACAUGACAAGUUUGUGGAAAAGAUGACAAGCUUUGCGAAGAGUGCCAGAGAACAAUAUGAAAAACUACUCACCAUGUAUAACAACAUGAUAAAACUCUAUGAGAAUCUGGGAGAAUAUUUUAUUUUUAACCCCAAGACAGUGAGCAUAGAAGAGUUUUUUGGUGAUCUCAGCAACUUUCGAACUUUGUUUCUGGAAGCAGUGAAAGAAAACAACAAGAGGAAGGAAAUGGAGGAAAAAAGUAAGAGGGCAAAACUUGCUAAAGAAAAAGCUGAACAAGAAAAAUUGGAACGCCAGAAGAAAAAGAAACAGCUAAUUGAUAUGAAUAAAGAAGGUGAUGAGACUGGUGUUAUGGAUAAUCUUCUAGAAGCCCUACAAUCAGGUGCAGCAUUCCGAGAUCGCAGAAAGCGAAUUCCAAGGACCUCAGAUAACAGACGAGUACCACCAUUAGAAAGAUCACGCUCUCGUCACAAUGGAGCUGUCUCAUCUAAGUGAUUUGCUGAUGCCAAAGUAUAUGAAUAUAUUUAAGUAAAUAAAAUCGUACAGUUUAUGAAGAACAAAACAAGGAAUGGAGAGGAAAUAAGUGGAGUCUGCAAAUAUCAAGCUAAGCUGGAUGAAAUAGUGUGCAUUUCUCCUGUUAUUAUAAGACUUCCCACAAUUUUACGUGAACACAAUGACUAGAAUUAUAAAAUGUGUGUUUUGUUUUGUGUACAGACCUGUACUUUUGUUAUUUAGUGUGACCCAAUGAUAAUAGUGCAAAGAGUAAGAAAUGGAAGAGUUUAAAGGCUUUUGAAAAUAUUUACUGUCAGAAGUUUACAAUGUUACUUAAAUUUGCAACACCCCCUUACAAUAUAGAAAAAAAAAAGAGAAAAUUAAAUAGAUUCAAUUCUGCUUUUGGUAUCUGUUACAUAGAAAAAGAAAAGGUCAAUGAAAAUAUGCAUGUUUGUGCUCUGGAGAAAUGCUAAUAUUGCAUGCUCUGUAAGAGAAGCUAUUUUGGAAAAACUCAAAGAAGUACUGCUUCACCCGUCAAGUCAUUUAAAAUUUCAUCUGUAGUGAAAGUUUUGCUUUGGCGUAAAUUAAAUUUAUUAAUUUAGAGUUUCAGCAUGCUAUUUCAGGCACUUAUUGCUAAAAAAUAAAACCAAAGUUUAACAGAAUCCAGUUAGAAAUAAAGUGAUUUAAAUUUUAUUUUAAAAGGUGUUUUCUAAUCAUGCACAUAUAUCUACUUUAUACAAAUACUUUAUAUGGCUAUUUUUGGGAAAAGCAUUAUAUUUUAAUGUUUAUGCAUGGGAUUUACCUGAACAUUUAAUUACCUUUA